UGAAUCAAUGAUGAUGAUCAUUAAUAAUGAUAAUAAUAAAAAAUUUUCAUCAAUAUCCACGACAAUAAAUGCAACGAAAUUAAUCUUCAAACAACAGCAACGACAACGACAACAACAACAACAACAAUGGCAUAUUAAUAAAAUCAUAUGGAAUUUAAUCAUCUUUAUUUGUUUAUGGUUAACAUUGGCCAAUACCAUCUGCUAUUGUGAUAAAUUAAUCAACAGGCAGAAUCCAUUACCAUUAUCUUUGCCAAUGAAAAUUUCAUCAUCAUCAUCAUUAUCAUCAUCGACAUCAUCAUCGGAUAAUAAUUUGGUUUAUCAUCAUAAUCAUAAUCAAUAUCGUCAUCGACAAUAUCGUCAACAUAAUCCAUUACCAUCAUCUUCGUCAUCUUCAUCAUCAUAUCCAUCGGCUCGUUCAAUGGCAAUGAUGGUAGGAUCACCAAUGGUCAUUGCUACGAAUGGUGGUAUUAUCACUCCUUCUGGACAAUUAUCAUCAGCGUCAUCGCCAUCGGCAGCCGCUGUUGCUUAUCAAGCACUGCCAAUAAUGCAUCAUAUGUUCCAUCAACAUCAUUAUGGCCAUAAUAAUAAUAAACCAUCAUCUAAUUCCCCAUCAUCAUCAUCAUCAUCGGUAAUUAUUCAUAGAGCGGCGAUUGGACAUCAUAAACAUCAUUAUCCAUCUAUACAUCAUCAUCAACAACAAGAAGAUUGUGAAAUGAAUGCUGAUGCUGUAUUGGAAUUAUUGUUUGAAAAAAUGAGAAUUCAUUUACCAGAAGAAAAAAUCACCGUACAGAAUGGUGCCAUCACCAUAUUCGAUGCACGAAUCACACAUUUUGCCGAAUUAGCACGUUUACGUCAAUCGUGUGCUAGAAAAUUAGAUCCAGACGGUGUUAAUCUAUUAUUACCAUUUGAAGCUGAAAUUCGUUCAGCACAUGUAGCAGCAAAAUUGAAAUAUAAUUUCUAUGUAACCGAUAUAUAUGGAGAUUAUGCAGCCAAUUUUUCACAUAUUCGUUUGAAUGGUACAUUUGAAACAAAUCUUGAAGAUGAAUGGAUGCAAGUAUCAGAAUUUAAUAUAACUUCAUCACAAGUAAUCGAUGAUUCAAUACAAUUUGGUUAUGUACCAAGAUGGAUAUUGGACUGGGUUCGUAGCUAUUUUGAUAAUGAUAAUACACGUAUGUAUGAACAAUUAGCGAAAGUAAUUCUACAAAAAGAAGCAGAUAAUUUUGAAAAUUAUGAUCUUUUACGUCAUAUAUCGGAAAGAUCAUCAUUAUCAAUGAAUAUUGAACCACGUGAAGAAGAUGAUGAUCAAGUAUUACCACCAUUGAAUCUUCUUUAAAUCAUUCAUUCAUUUAUUCAU